CAUGAAACCCAUUAUAUACUAGGCUAAAAAAUUUAGACCAUCUAAGUCCAACAUUAAAACGCGUGACCGAUUGAAUCGCUAGAUACAGAGAUCGAUCACUAGUUCACUACCAUCUUCAUCACUAAUUUAGCCUGGAAACAAAAAAUGGCCGGCGACAACCGCAGCCUCCACAUAGUAGUAUUCCCAUGGCUAGCCUUCGGCCACAUGCUCCCAUUCCUCGAGCUCUCCAAAGCCUUGGCCAGGAAAGGCCACAAAAUAUCCUUCAUCUCCACUCCAAGAAACAUCCAAAGACUCCCCUCAUCACAACAACCCUCGAACCUCAUCGACUUCAUCCCUCUUUCAUUCAUUCACAGCUCCGGACCAGACGGCUUGAAUGCGAUACAUAAUAGAGAGCGCCCGGAAAGGCACACAGGUCCGGCUAACCAGAGCAUCGAGGAGUCCAAGAACGUACCUCAAGAAAGCCCUCGACUCCCUCGCAAACCACCUGUUCGCCAUUCAUCAGAAACAGGCCUCCCCAAGCGGCAAGCCCGUAGUUCCCGUAGGCCUAUCCGCCGUCGACUAGAGCUGCGGGAUGACAAGUGGUGUGAGGUGGCGGAAACGAGCGUCCUCGAUUGGCUUAGCAAGCAGAGAUCAAGGUCCGUAGUGUUCGUCGCUCUCGGGAGUGAACUUGCGCUGAGCUCCGAGAUGCUGCACCAAUUAGCCCUUGGACUCGAGAUGUCGAAGGUGCCAUUCGUUUGGGCGUUGAGAAAGCCGGCUAGUUCGCUGAACGACGAAGACUUGCUGCCCAAAGGGUUCGAAGAGAGGUGCAAGAGUUGCGGGAUUGUUGUCAAGGGAUGGGUGCCGCAGGUGAAGAUAUUGGGUCAUGAGUCUGUCGGAGGAUUCCUGAUGCACUCUGGAUGGGGUUCGGUGAUCGAGAGCCUCCAUUUCGGGCUGCCACUCGUUAUGCUGCCUAUAGCUGUUGAUAACGGGAUCAACACGCGGACGAUUACAGAGAAAGGGAUAUCGGUUGAGAUCGAACGAAACGAGGAGGAUGGAUCGUUCACGAAAGAGGCGGUGGCGAAGGCGCUGACGGGGGUGAUGGUCGAGGAGGAGGGAGGAAAAUAUAGGAGGAGAGCUGAAGAAUUGAAAGAUGUUUUCACUGAUAAAGAUCGGCAGGAGAAGUAUGUGAAUGAAUUUAUUCAGUAUCUGAACGAAUCAUGAAGUUGGAAGUUGAGAGGAACAUCACUAAUCUGAGGUGAUAAAAUAAAAGCGUAACGCGUACUAUUGGCUCCUACUUUGGUUAUUUGAGUGCUGUCCCUGAAAUUCGUUGUAUCCACGAUGUUGUGUUUGUAGCUAUUUGUAUCGAUGUCUGCCGUUGUGUUUAUGUUUUUCCUAAUGAAUCUUGUACCCCAUGUAUUAUUAGGAUGUAAACUCUUUCAGUUUUAUCCACAGUCCAUGAUCGUAAAUGUAUCAUAAUCAUAGAGAAGCACAAACCCA